GAGGCACGCCGUUUUGGACAGAAACAAAGAAUGGGGAAGUGAUGCGGAAUCUGUGACAAAUUAAAAGCGUUCUGUGUGCAAAUUCACCCGCAUUUCGCAAAGACAACAAGAGUGCUUAUAGACGCAUUUGAUUCUUCCUUCCAGUGAGAAUCAAAUGCGUCCCAAAGUCAUCUGAUCGUGACAAGAAAAUGAAAAUACCACAUGGAUGAUAUAAAUUUGACUGCAUAAGUGGGGCUCGCUCGCUGACCGCGAGUAGCCUCGCGGGCCCGUUUGCAACGUCAUAGACGUUACUCCAGCACGCGCCACCCCGAAUUAUCCAAUCAGGGGCCAGGAUCGGCCUAUGCCUUGACGACGUUUCCUACUAUUACCCCGUAGAAUUCCGAGGACCGGUAUCGGAAGAAAUAAUUUGCUUCGGUUUUUCUGUUUGCGUCGUGCAUUACCGUAUUUCUUAUUUUCUCUACAGGUUGUUAUAUGUUUGUGAUUGCUUACUUUUCCAGACAAAAGCGACCGCUGUUGUGAAGAUACUCAUAGCUAGAAUAAGAGGGUUCGCCCAGCAGAGACGUCAUCACAGGCCUGAGACUCGCUGCUCAUCCUCGCCCCCCCCCCCCGCCCCCCCACCAUGAAGCUGAAGUCGGACGUGCACCCCCUGCUGUCGCUGCUCUUCCACUGUGUCGUCUGGGUCUACUCAAGCAUCAUCUUCCUGCCCUGGUCCCUGUUUUCUGGUGCUUCAGUCAGACAGAAGCGUGCCCGCCGCAGCAAGGCGGUGCCAAUGAGGGGCCCCGCAGGCCCCUACAGGGCUGUGAACAGCACACAGUGCCUGGCCAGCUCACUACGGCCCGGCUGCGACACGCUGGACAAGGUGUUUGCGGCCUCGGCCAAGCUGUUCCCCCACCGGGAUUGCCUGGGGACACGGGCGCUCCUCAGCGAGGAAGACGAGCUGCAGCCGAAUGGGAAAGUCUUCAAGAAGGUGAUCCUCGGGGACUAUGAGUGGCUCUCCUAUGAGGAGACCUUCCAGGCAGCAGCGUCGUUUGCCAGCGGACUCGCUGCGCUGGGUCAGAAGUCUAAAUGCAAUAUCGCGAUCUGCUGUGAGACACGGGCCGAGUGGAUAAUAUCUGCCCAGGCCUGUUUCAUGCACAACUUCCCACUGGUCACCCUGUACUCCACCUUGGGAGGCCCAGCAAUAGCCCACGGCCUCAACGAGGCAGAGGUGACACACAUAAUCACCAGUAAGGACCUACUGGAGAGCCGGCUGAAGCCGAUCCUGUUGGAGGUUCCCCGACUGCAGCACAUCAUUGUGGUGGACAAAAAGCCGAUGGCCUGGCCCGGGUAUCCCAGAGGCAUCAUGGUCCACAACAUGACUGCAGUGCAGGAGCUUGGGGCCAAGCCUGAGAACAUGUCCCGCCCCCGACAGCCGCCCCGCCCCUCUGACAUCGCUGUCAUCAUGUACACCAGCGGCUCCACCGGCAUUCCCAAGGGUGUGAUGAUCUCCCACAGCAACCUCAUCGCCGGGGUGACGGGCAUGGCCGAACGCAUCCCUGAGCUUGAUGAGAACGACACCUACAUCGGGUACCUGCCACUGGCCCACGUGCUGGAGUUGAGUGCAGAGAUGGUGUGCGUUUCUCACGGAUGCCGCAUCGGAUACUCUUCUGCCCAGACACUGGCCGACCAGUCCUCAAAGAUCAAGAAGGGCAGCAGAGGGGACACGACGGCACUCAAGCCCACACUGAUGGCUGCAGUGCCGGAGAUCAUGGACCGCAUUUACAAGAAUGUGAUGACCAAGGUGGAGGAGAUGAACCCCCUGCAGAGGACUCUCUUCGUGCUGGCCUACAAUUACAAGAUGGAGCAGAUUUCUAAGGGUUACAACACACCGUUGUGUGACCGGCUGGUCUUCCGGAAGGUACGUUCCCUACUGGGGGGAAGGACGCGCCUGCUGCUCUCAGGGGGGGCUCCACUAUCGGCUGCCACCCAGCGCUUCAUGAAUAUCUGCUUCUGCUGCCCGGUGGGCCAGGGCUACGGCCUCACCGAGACGUGCGGUGCUGGCACCAUCACCGAGGUGUGGGACUACAGCACGGGACGUGUGGGAGCUCCCCUCAUCUGCUCAGAAAUCUCUCUCAAGGACUGGGAGGAUGGUGGUUACCACAGCACCGACAAGCCAUACCCCCGGGGCGAGAUAAUCAUAGGGGGGCCCAAUGUCACCAUGGGCUACUACAAGAACGAGGCUAAGAACCAAGAGGACUUCUUUGUGGAUGCUAAGCGGCAGAGAUGGUUCUGCACAGGCGACAUCGGCGAGUUCCACCCUGAUGGCUGCCUGAAGAUCAUUGACCGUAAGAAGGACCUGGUGAAGCUACAGGCCGGGGAGUACGUGUCGCUGGGCAAGGUGGAGGCCAUGCUCAAGAAUUGCCCCUUGAUCGACAACAUCUGUGCUUACGCCAACAGUGAUGAGUCGUACGUGAUUGGUUUCGUGGUGCCCAAUCAGAAGCAGCUGACAGCUCUAGCGGAGCAGAAGGGUAUCAGGGGCUCCUGGGAAGACAUCUGUAACAAUCCCGUGAUGGAGCAGGAAGUACUCGCAAUAAUAACAGAGGCGGCCGUCUCAGCUCAGCUUGAGCGCUUCGAGAUCCCCAAGAAGAUUCGGCUGAGCGCAGAGCCGUGGACACCAGAGACUGGCCUGGUGACUGACGCCUUCAAGCUGAAGAGGAAGGAGCUGAAGACUCACUACCAGGACGACAUUGAGAGGAUGUACGGAGGAAAGUAGGCAGGCCUGGGAGGAAGCUGGUGUCUGAGCCGCCCUCCCCCCCACACAUAUACACACACCCACCCCCCCACACUGUCCUGCCCUGCUACAGUGCCCUCUCAGUAACCUGGGGGAAAAAAUACUUGAAGUAAGACCAAAAGGAAAAAGGAAAUGAAUAUAGGAUUCAGCAAACAAAGAUCUGCUCGGUCCCGCUGAAAUUGAAUGGACAGUGACUGUCGCUCAACCAAUCUGCGUUUCGUUAGUCAGUUUCUUCCUGAAUGACUGAUCUCUUUUUUUACUUCAGGGUUUGAGUUUUUCAAGGAAUAUUUUGUAAAUGUGUGUGGAGUGCUUUUUUGUUUUUUUUUUUUCUGUGUAUAGUCCAUGAAAGAUUCACAGUUGAAGCCAUGAGAGGUUCCGUGCAAUACUGUCGUGUUAGUAUUGUCUUUGCGUACUGUGUGUGUACGUUAGCAGUGACACUCACCGGCAGUGAGAAGAGGCCGUGUGCCACUCUGCCCGCCAGGACAGUGAAGGAGCCUAGCUUUCUGCCCGCGACUCUGACAAACGACCAUCUUCUCAACCGUGCUUACCUCAAAGUAGAGCAUGCGUCCUUUCUGGAGACCCCUUUGCAGGCACGUGCCGGCCAUUGGGAAGUUCGGGAAGUUUUCCAGUUAGCCGGUCUUGUGAGGGAGGUCUCUCUCCCCCACCCCAGCAUUACAUUGCCUAUAUACCAGAAGUGCAUGACCCUCGGGUGGAUCUCACUGCGUUUCCAGGUCGAUCGCAGGAGAUAAUUAAUGGAUAAAGUUUUAUGUCAUUAGUGGACAACCAGUUGAUCACAGUUGGCGAAACAUACCAAGGGUGACCCCCAACCCCCCCCAAAAGGGGGUUAGGUUCAGUGUCUGGGGGUUGAUGUCCAUUUUGCAGCUUUAAGAGACUGAACCUGGCACUGCCUGCUGCUUAAGGUUGACGUGAAGAACGAGUGACACCCAUAUACUUCUCCUUUAUGUUGCAGCCUUUAUUUAUUUUUCUGAGUCCUGCCUAAGUGAUUAGAGGUUGGAUGGAGGAUCGUAAGGCUUUCCAUCUGAGCCCUGGAUGCACCAGGUCGGGGGGGCUUUAUGUCUGCUGCUUUCUGGACAAAAAAGAUCAGCCUGUAUCCAACAAAGGGCACUGGCAUUGACUGUCUUAAUCAGCUGAAGCGAGUUGCCAUCCUGAAGCAAACAUGAUUAGGAUUAUAUCCUCUUAGGGAUCCUCUCUUGUGUACAUUCUCCCCUCCUCCGUGAUGCAUGUUUGCCUAAACUCUCACUGGACCGGGAAGCUACACAAGCUCAUGGUGGAAUCAACCUGUAUUUAGCAGUGAAACGGUAAUUGAAAUAUCUGCACCCAGCCUGGUUUUGCAUGGUUUACAUUUUGUAAAUUUAUUGAGCCAGUUUGUUACUCCAGGACAAAACCGAUGGACUGCAUUUCCCCACGUACUAUAAUAGUCUUAAAGGGUAUUUUAAAAAAUGGAAAUCUCAAUGUAUUUUUUAGUGCAAUGGUCUGCUGAAGAACAAGGCGACAGAGAACAGUGGCUGCCGCAAAUUUGCCAGCAGAAAUAGCACCAGUGCAGUACUGUGAGAAGUACAGUAUUUGUACCUCAGGAGAAGAUUGCCUGUGUUUUACUAAUACGGAGUUUACAUGGAAAUAGGAAAAUGUAAUAGUGUGCACAUGCACAGAAAGUCCUGUUUGCUUUGAAUCCAGAGAGCAUGAUGGUGGGAAAAGAGCAUCAUGUUUUAUAUGCUGUACAUGCUGAAGGGGAGAUGUUUGUGGGGGGGGUGCACCAUGUUACUCUUGUGUUGUAUAUACUUUUGAUCGAUGCUUGUUAGACGUCCCAGAUGUACAGCUGUAAUAUACAUUUUAAAUCUCUUAUAUUUGUUAUAUUGACCAGUUUUGGGGUCUUCUUUCCAUAUUUGCCUGAAAACUGCCUUGUAACAAUAUUUGGUAGGGUGUCCUGUUUUAUUUAUUUGUAAUUUGGCCUUAAAUUAUGUAAUAAAACAUAAAUUUUGUGCUUCAUCUAAA